AUGGAUAUGGUCGACGAAACUACGACUAGAUAUUAUGAUUUUGUUGUGGAGGACGGGACAGGCACCCAAGACGGUGUCGAAAAGACCAUGCUUGUUGUCAAUGGACUUUAUCCUGGGCCAAUGAUCGAGGCAAACACCGGAGAUCGAAUCAUUGUGAACGUGACGAACAAGAUGGUCAAUGCCACAAACGGCACGAAUUAUUAUGAUGGUACCGACGGAAUUACACAGUGUGGUAUUCCACCUGGCGAAUCUAUGGUGUAUAACUUCACGGUAGAUUAUAGCAUCCAAUAUGUAGACGGUAUAAUUGGCGCUCCGCGCACAAAGUGGCAUUUCUCCCGGGCCCCUUCUUAUGAUAAGGACCUCGUAACACAGAUCUCAGAUUUGUUCCAUGGGUUCUCCACGGACCUCCUAGAAUACUACUUCACUCCAAGCGGAAAUGAUGGCACCCCCAGAAAUGACAACGAGACGUACCGCCUUCGUCUCAUUGAUCCGGGCACCUUCGUGGCGUUGGAGUUUUCCGUGGAGAACCACAUGCUCACGGUCAUCGAGGCAGAUGGCACCACCGUCUACCCGGUUGAGGUGUCUAGUGUCUCCAUCACCGUAACGCAGCGGUAUAACGUGCUACUUCGAACGAACCAGAUGGCGGGAGCGUACUGGAUGCGUGCCACACUUCACCAGACCGCAUUCACAUACGAUAACCCAGGAUGCCAACCGGAGAUCCGGGGCGUGAUCCACUACGGAGUGGACGAUGAUGCUAUGCCCGAUAUCGACCUGCUGAACAAUUCGCCGAGUUUGCCGAGCGGUGCCCCGGGUACGCUCGACACGGCGGACCUCGUACCUGUCGGUGGAGGACCGGCGCCGGAGCCUACGUUGCGCAUUUCCUUCGCGUUUAUAUGGUACCCCGAGGGCGGAGACCACUAUUCGCGUUACCUCGCGUUUAUUAACAACACCUCCUGGGACCCCCUCAAGAGCGCCUCAAGUAUAUACGCGCAACUCGGGAACUCCACCAGUGACGGGUCCACAGACUUCUCUGGUUCGCAGCUCAUCACGACGGUCAACGAGAUUGCGACAAGUGUGAUUAACACCGCGCCGAUGGACUGGAUGAUCCUCCGUUUUGUGGAUGACAAUCCGGGAUACUGGGCAUUCCACUGCCAUACACUACUGUUCCAGUUCAAUGUGCUGCCGGCUCAAAGCCAGAAGUUCUAA